UUAGAGAUAUGUUAGGACUGCAGUAGUCUUCAAUCCAGUAUACAAUACACUAUGCUCAGUCCUAAUGCUAGGAAGAAAAACAACCUGCUGUGAUUCUAGUAAAAGAAAACCAACGGAAAAGUGUGUGAAAAGGAGGUUUGACAUAAAAAAUGAAGUACGUCUUCUACAGGAUACUUUUAACUGUUGUUACAGAUGUUGUAUUUGGACUGGAGAUGAUAGAAUCCCCCCGGGACCUGGUUGUAGCCAGGAAUGAGCCGGUAACCCUAAACUGUAAGGUCCGGGGGGACCCGGAACCUACAGUUCUAUGGUUUAAGGAUGGAGAGGAGGUAGUAACAGCUAAAGAUGAUCCUCGCUCCCAUAAGAUUCUUCUACCUGAUAACGGUUUAUUCUUUCUCAGAGCAGUUCACAGUAAGAAGGAGAAGGAUUCUGGUGUGUACUGGUGUACUGCAACAAACACAGAAGGAACUAUAUCUAGCUCAAGAGGAAAACUUGAUGUAGCUUAUCUUGAGCGAGAUUUCCGUGAGCUUCCACGUGACCUUGAUGUAGCUGUGGGAGGGUCAGCACAGUUCACCUGCUCUCCUCCCAAGGGGAACCCUGUUCCAAUCAUUGUUUGGAAAAAGGAUGGAAAAGUUCUCGAACUCUCCGAAAGAGUAGAAGGAGAAGGAGAAAUUCUUUCUAUUAAAACAGUGCAGAAAUCAGACGCAGGACGGUAUCAAUGUUUAGCUGAAAAUAUUGCUGCUACAAGGGAGACACCUGUCAUCAAACUAGGAGUUCAUGAGCCUCCAUACUUUAUUCAGCCUCCGCCAAGCCUCCGAACUGGGGUUGUUGGAUCUGAUAUCCUCCUAGACUGUAUAGUACAGGGAGAUCCUACACCAAGGGUUAGAUGGAGCAGAAAUAAGGGUGAACUAGAUGAGAACAGAGCCAAGACUGUGAACGGUAAAGGUUUACUCCUAGAGAAUAUACAUCCCAAUGAUGAAGGGGAAUACGAAUGUUCAGCUGAAAACACAAUUGGAAAAAUCUCUGGCAGUGUUCAACUAAUUGUACAGGAGCCUCCUAUACUAACGGUUAGCCCGGAGAAGAAUGUUCAAAUACAGGUUGGAGAGGAGAUAAAGCUGACCUGCCUCGCUACAGGACGGCCGUCCCCUACCAUAUUCUGGAGUAAGGAGGAGGACAACGGUGUCCUGUUCCCGGGAUUAAAGGACGGAAAUGUUUACGUUACAGCGGACGGGUCCUUGAAGAUAAAACAGGCUGUGGUAGAGAACACAGGUCGGUUUGUUUGUACUGCAGUUAACGAAGUGGGAGCAGCGAUGGCACAAUCGCAUGUUUUAGUUUACGACAGUUCUGAGAUUGGUCAGAAGAUGUCGGCAGCUCAUAUUAAUGUUUACAAACAUUCAGAAGAACAAGAUUUGGAAGAAGCCAGGGUAGCGCUUCAACAACAACUGGUAGAAAUUAAAUCUAUCAAAUCUCUCAGUUCGAGCUCUGUAGAGAUAACCUGGAGAAGUAUUGGUGGCAGAACCUUGAUUCAUGGCUUCCUUGUUAGAUAUAGACCAACAUUAAAUAGAUAUCAGGACUUUAGAAGUUUGGUGGUGACAGACACACGGACAGACACAUACACACUUGUUGAACUAGAGAGUAAUACUGAAUAUGAUGUUUUUAUUCAGCCUUACUACAGGAGUGUAGUGGGACUACCAACAUCAAUUAAAACAGUAUCAACUGAAGAGUCGAAUAUACCAG